AUACGCACCACUGCAAUGUACGCGAGAGUAAUAUUAAAAUACCAAAUAGGCACUAUUCAACAUCCAAAGAUUAACAGAUCAGAUACAUAUAACACAAGCAACCGUACAGAAGGUAUCCACGGUAGUAACGACUCUUGCAGAGCCAAGAUCGUACUUCGAGGUCAAUUCUUACCCUGUCUUUUACUUGUUCGAAACUUGGAGAGUUAAGUUCAGCUUUACAGUAUACACCAACUAUCGUUCUUCUAGCCGAAGGAGAAGAACAGAAUUUUAGCGCAUCGAUCGCAUUACCAAACACGUCAAAUUUCUACUCAGGAUCAAUUGGCAAACAUGGCUGCUUUAGGAGGUGCCGUCAGGACAGUCGUGGGCCGCAAACUCAGACCGUCUAAAUCCGUUAUGUCUAUCACACCGACCGCAGUGAACCACAUUAAGGACAUGCUCAAGGGCCAGGAUGCUGCAGCAAUCAAGAUUGGAACUCUGCGCAAAGGUUGUAAUGGCAUGUCAUACACGAUGAGCUAUGCGAAAGAGAAAGCAAAGUUUGAUGAAGAGGUUGUGGUGGAUGACGCGCGUGUGUAUAUCGACAGUAAGGCGCUUAUGUCCAUUAUUGGGUCGGAAAUGGAUUACGUGGAUGAGAAAUUGAGCUCAGGGUUUGUAUUCAACAACCCGAAUGUGAAGCACAUGUGUGCUUGUGGCGAGAGCUUCACCGUGUAGUUGAACGAAUGUGGAGCAAAGGUACGAUAGUAGUAUGAACGACGCUGCCACCAGGUCUUUGUGGGUCAGGGUAUAUUUUACGAACACAAAUCUUUGUCUGUCCCUUUUCUAUCUGGUAUGCGCUGUUGGUGUCAGCAAGGAUAGCGAACACACAAAUCCCAAUUCUUACCAUACGAGGGUUGAGGUACACAACUGUUCAGUACCUUGGUAUCGCGGAAUCCGUUGUACCUCUAUUUGAUAUGAGCGGCAGAUAGCCAGACAUAUUUUGAUUUAUUUUAAACUGGUUUGGAGGUUUGUGCUCAGAGACCAAACGACAUCGAUUCUCCUGUAAUACAAUUGAAGCCGCACGAUAGUCCCGUUAUAUAGAGGUCUGGCAGUGAGACAUGCCGAGAAGCCUGCUAGUUGACGCAUUCUGGUCAAUCGUUUCAGUUAAUCUGCGGAAUCUUCGAUUGUCAGAUUCUAGGUGAACCUGUCGCGAACCUUGGAAGUGUCGACUGGCAUUUCACGUUGUUAGUUAACGUGUGACCUAUACCAUGUCGGAUAGCAGAUUUCCAAGCGUGCUUGAAGCUGCGUUUGUGGUACGAGUCCUCACUCGUUUAGUCGGUAGGUGUGGCAACCGCCCUCAACCCUAUCUCGUGCAUUAAAUUUUGCGCAUAUUUUAAACUAUGCGUAUUGAACAUCAUCCUGUUAGCAUAAUGAAAAUUAAAAACUUUCAGCUGUUUUGACAAUAUAUUUGAUUUUGAGAGUCCAUUGAGAAUUAUCGUUAGGUUCUAUAAUCCUGUACGCCGAUCAGAACAUAAGACUAUGGUAGAUAUGUGAUUUGUUUGAAGCAGCCUUGGAGAGCGAUACCGAAUAUCAAUAGAGACCACGGGUAGUAGAAAGCUAGAAUACACAUGCUGUCUCCGGACUCCAAGUUCGAAUCUCGUUCCAUAGCCUUCUACUAAAAAGAUACUCGUUCAGGAAUUGAAAAAAUUCUCACUCACCCGACCAGAGUGAACUGGCCACCUCGAAUAUCCGAGCGGCCCCGAAAACCGAAGAUCGGAUGGAAGCGGAUCGUACCGGCCAGAGAUUACCAACCCAAUUGGAUAUAAAACUACCUGACUCACGCUACUAGUCAAUAAUCAAGCGUUCCCAUUAGUUAAUAAACUGUCAUCUUGAA